AUGUCACGUCCAGAGUACCAGGCCCCACCAGAGAUUUAUUAUGGCGACGCUGAAGCCAAAAAAUAUACUCAAAACACCCGUAAUCAACAGAUCCAGGCGGAUAUGACAUACCGUGCUCUUGAGCUGCUCAAUCUUCCUCCAGAUGAGCCUGCUUUUCUGUUAGAUAUAGGAUGUGGAUCGGGGCUUUCAGGUGAGAUUUUGGAGGAGGAGGGACACAUUUGGGCAGGUGUAGAUAUCGCGCCAAGUAUGCUCGAGGUCGCACUGGAGAGGGAUAUUGACGGUGACCUUUUCUUACAAGACAUCGGUCAAGGAUUUAGUUUCCGACCAGGAAGCUUCGAUGGGGCAAUAAGUAUAUCUGUCUUGCAAUGGCUUUUGAAUGCUGAAACAUCGCAUCCAACGUCUUCACCACCACACCGUCUCACUCGUUUCUUCACGACUCUACACUCUGCUCUUCGAAAUCCAUCUCGAGCAGUCUUUCAAUUUUACCCGACUUCCGACGAUCAGAUACAACUGAUUACCUCGAUAGCGCAGAGGGCCGGCUUUGGAGGAGGUGUCGUCGUAGAUUACCCAAAUUCCAAGAAAGCAAGGAAGGUGUUCCUAUGCUUGUUUGUUGGCGGAGGAAGCACGCAGCAGCAAAUACCUAAGGGCGUGGAGGGUGAAGACGACGAGCAAGUAAGAUUCGAGAGAAGAAGGGAGAAGGAAAGGAAGAGGGAUGUAAGUGGGAAGAGAAAAAACAUGAAAGACAGGGACUGGAUCCUGAAGAAAAAAGAGGCAAGUCAGUUGUAUCGCCAACGAGGAAAAGAAGGGGUACCAAGAGAUUCAAAAUUCACUGGCCGCAAGCGCAAGCCAAUCUUCUAG